AGAAAGAAUCGAAGAUUAAAAAGCCGAAGGCAGAAAAAGUUCAAAAAGUUGAUGGUGAUCUCAAUGAGUCUGGUACCAAAGAAAAGUCAUCAAAAAUGACGAUCUCAUCAAUUUUUUCAUGGCCUUCUCAAAGUAGGAAAUCCACUGAAGAACAUGGAACUUCAACCGGGCUAUUAUCUACCCCUUCAACCUCAUCUCACAUAUCUGUAUCAAACAAAAAACCCAAGUACACCAAUUACAAUCGUCUUCCUAUCCAUGUUGAGCGUGCCAUAUAUAGGCUUUCUCACAUCAAAUUAGCAAAUCCGCGUCGUCCCUUGCACGAACAAGUCCUAAUUUCUAAUAUGAUGUUUUGGUAUCUUUCACUAAUUAAUAAACAACAAAUCGAAUUUGGAGCUGAAGUAAAUCCCAAUACUGAAAAAGAAGCGGCAAAAGUAAAAAGUAAAGUUGGAAAGUAUAAUAUAGUAGGUCGCAAACGAAGGAAAGGUGAAAAGAAAGGUUCAUCUGAUGCAAGGCGGCGUGGUGCUGGUUCAAGUGCAGAAAUAGCAUAUAAAGCACCACAAUAUGAUAUACAGCAAAUUUCACAGCAGUAUCUCACACCGCCAAUGUCACCUUCACAAGCAAAUUCACCGUAUACACCAGACUUUGGUUAUUCAAAAGAAUUUGAUGACUAUAGUGAUUCAAAUCCAGACUAUUCAUAUGAAUAUGUCGAAGAUGCUCAUGGUCACCGAAAAUAUUAUCAUUAUGGAGAGGGAUAUGUAUCCGAUGGAACAGAUGGUGGAUAUCUUGAUAAUCAGGACCCAACCAGUUUUGGCGUAGAAAGUAGUCAUGUAGAGGGUUUAGUUUAUUAUGAUUCUGAAGUUGAGAAUGUUGGUGGCGAAAGUAGUAAUAGGGCCGGCAACUAUAAUUCUCGCAGACCUCCUUCACCGAAUAGGCGGUCCCCUUCCCCAAAUGGAAAGUCGUCAAAUUCUCGACCGUCACAGAACAAUCAACGUUCAACUAGUCCGAUAAGACCAAGCUCUGGGACAAGAAAUAAACAAUCUCGUACAUUUUCAAAUAAUAAUGAAAAUGUGAAUGCAACGGAUCCAAUAGUUGAAGAUGAAGACGACAAUGUUCCCUUGG